UGCAGGAAAUUUAAAGGCUUUGGGUCCUUGCAAAGCAGACAAACUGGUGCCAACGUGCGUGGCUGCUGUUGCUGCUGAGGAGGCUGCUUUGCAAACGGCGGAGAGGAGCGGGGAGGAGGAAUCGGCUGCAACUUCUUCCGUACGCACGGGCGGACAACGAGGAGCAGCACCGGCGAGCAGAAUUUGCAACAAAAAGAGGCAUCUCCCUGUCCCGGGGAGGCUGAAAAGAGGCAGCGGCAGCGGCAGAAUUUUGGAGCGGCUCCACCAGGAGAAAUUUUAUAGAGAAGCCUGCAAAAGAGAGAGUGUUUGCAGGGGGCUUGUUCUCCGGGCUUAUCAAGGGGCUGUCUUUGCUGGUGGUGCGGGGAGUGGAGGCGAUCCCCCUUAAAGACAAGCUAUUUUGGAUAUCCCCGUACAAGUUUUCUGAUGUGUUUGCUUGCACCUUCUUCCCCUGCUGUUUGGUGAACCCAGCCCCCCUUUCCCCCCCCCACCCCCACCGGUCUCCCAAGGAUGGAUCAUUCCCAGUGCCUUGUGACUAUAUACGCCUUGGUGGUUCUGCUGGGUCUCCGGCUAGAGCAGGGCUCCUGCCAGCACUAUCUGCACAUCCGACCGGCUCCCAGCGACAACUUGCCCUUGGUGGAUCUAAUCGAGCACCCGGACCCUAUCUUUGACCCCAAGGAGAAGGAUCUUAAUGAGACCUUGCUAAGGAACCUCAUGGGCGGACACUUCGACCCUAACUUUAUGGCUAUUUCCUUGCCCGAGGACCGUCUCGGUGUGGACGAUCUGGCCGAGCUGGACCUGCUGCUCAGGCAGAGACCCUCGGGAGCGAUGCCUAGCGAAAUCAAAGGGCUGGAGUUUUACGACGGGCUGCAGCCGGGCAAGAAGCACAGGCUGAGCAAGAAGCUGCGCAGGAAGCUGCAGAUGUGGCUCUGGUCCCAGACCUUCUGCCCGGUUCUAUACACGUGGAACGAUCUCGGCAGCCGCUUUUGGCCCCGGUAUGUCAAAGUGGGCAGCUGCUACAGUAAAAGGUCUUGUUCAGUCCCCGAAGGCAUGGUUUGCAAACCUGCCAAGUCCGUGCAUUUAACGAUCCUGAGGUGGCGGUGCCAGCGGCGGGGCGGGCAGAGGUGCACAUGGAUACCCAUCCAGUACCCCAUCAUUUCGGAGUGCAAGUGCUCCUGCUAGGGCUGGCACUUCCCUGCUCUCCCCUUCUCCAGCGGACUCACGUGGACCUUUGCUGCAACAAAAAUAAAAAGACUUUUGCUUUCUGGUUAACGUUGUAAUGCACUGUAACGUGUAGGAGAAUGUAUAUUGUGUGUAUAUAUGGCACCGGUUUAAUAUACUAUUAAAAGGUCAGUAUUACACCUGAAAUAAUCAGCGUCUACUGUAUUUUUAAGACUAUUACCCCGAUC